GUUUACCUAACCAUCAGAUUAUAUAGUGUCAUUGCAAAUAAAGCAUGCGUUUAAGGAACAAAUGUAUGAAGAGCAAUUAUGCUUAUUGGCUGUUGGUUUUGUAUAAGGAGCUUUAUUUACAACUAGAAUUAACUUUUAUAAAGUCAAAUAUAGAAGCAUUAAAUGAAAAAUACAGCCAGAAAUUAAAAGAGUUUGAGGAUCAAGCAAAUGAAGAAACGGUUAAUGCAAAAAAGAGACAACAUAAUGAUAGUUUAAUCCAAACUUAUGUGGAUACAAUAAAUAUCCUAAAAGACAAGAUCAUAUCUCUCCAGGAAGAAGGUGUCAGGCAAGAGUCUAACUUGGAGAAAGAGAUUAAAGCGACAAGGGCAGAACGUAAAAACGUGAGGGCGCUUGUUGAUCAGUUAAUCCAAGAGCAUAUUGACAAAGACACUGGCAUUAUUCAAUAGUCGAUGUAGUAAUAAUAAGAAUAAUUCUCUCAUAAAAAAGCAUUUCUUUAUUCAUUCUUUUUUGUUUUUUCUUGUUUUU